CCGCAUACAACCGGUAUUGGAGGUUUAUUACCAUCUCAGGGGGAUUCUACAUGCUCUAUACGAGUACCAAAAUACCUACAUAAACACGUAUUCUCCCAAAGACUUACAUUUCCGAGCUAGACCACAUCCGACUUCUUGCAUGAUUCUACGUCAAGACCCAUGUUUCGAGGUCGGUACCUGAUUUUCAUUGACUCCAGUCUCCCCUCAAGAAGAUCCUUUGUAUAUGUAAAUCAUGGUCCUCUAAUGGCUUGCCGGCCAAUUCGGACUUCCAUCUUGCGCUACCACUUAUUUCUAUGGGCAUUUACGCUCGGCUUUCAAGUGUCAAAUUCAUAGAAUAUUCAAAGCCAGGAAAUUAGAUAUCUCAUGGGUCAAUACAUCGUAACGCCGACGAAUGGUGUGAUGAUUAGUCAUGCUUCCUUCCCCUCAUGACACACGAAGGGCGCAGUCGCAGUCCUGGUUUGGCUUGGAAUAAAUAGAGACAUUCAAGACACUAUGUUUCCUAGAGGGCAGCCCCGAACCUUCAUCUAAUACAAGUACUAGUCAUCGUUGAAUAUAGGAGUGGUUUUAGAAAAGAACCCUGGUGAAUUCACAGCUCGAAAUGCCCUCAGCAGUAGUUCCAAAGGCCUUGGAGCCCGGUGCAACUAUAGCAUUCAUCUCUCCAUCAGCCCGACUCAAUGCGCUAUGCCGAGCCUACAUGUCACGGGCGACCGCCGUGCUCGAGGGUCAAGGAUACAACGUCCGGGAAUUCUUCAACGAAGACGCGGGCAUCCAAUCAUCCAUCAGCAACCGCCUAUCCGAGCUGCGGGCCGCGUUCUCAGACCCGUCCAUCUCCGCCAUCAUAUGCACCAUCGGCGGCCCGAGUUUCACCGAGCUGCUCCCCGCCCUAAUCGCCGACACGGAGCUGCACUCCGCCAUCCGCGCCAACCCGAAGAUCGUCGUCGGCUACUCCGACAUCACCGGCUUACACUGGUUCCUGCACGCGCUUACGGGGCUCCGCACCUUCUACGGACCGGGCGCCAUACCGGAGCUCGGCGAGCCCAACUCGGUCGACGACGAAGCCGCGCCGCUCUCGUUUUGCGUUAGGAAUCUGUUCCGCGCCAUCGCGACGAGCCGCGAACCGAUCGGCGAGCUUGCGCGGUCAGCCACGUACGCGCCUAAGCUUGCAGCGGUCUUCGAAACUAGUCCGGAUUUGGUGCGAUCGCCGGAGCUUGCGUCUACGCCCGGAUGGAUAUGGAUCCGGUCGGGCAAAGGCCAAGGACGGCUUUUUGGCGGUUGUCUGACUGUGAUGGCGCGGCUCGCUGGGAUACGGGGUAUCGUGCCCGAUUGGCGGGGCAGGAUCGUGUUUUUCGAGACGGCGAUAGGCGAGGACGAGGUCUCGGGGAAUCCGAUCUACCGUGUACAAGCGGGGAUCGCGGAUCUCAUAGCGCAGGGCGUGUUUGAUGACGCGGCGGGGCUGGUGGUCGGGCGGCCGUUCGGGUACGAUUCUAAGGAGAUGAGGGAGGAGUAUAUUGGUGUGAUCAAGGGGCUCCUGUGCGAGGGACCUCUGGCGGAGAAGAAGUUCCCGAUUCUUUUUAAUGUGGAUAUUGGGCAUACGACGCCGAUGCUUACUUUGCCGUUCGACACGUUGGCUGAGCUUGAUUCGGAGAGGGAUCGGUUUGCUAUUCUGGAACCUGCGGUUUUGUAGAUCGUCGGUGUUUAGGGAUAGCUUGAUUUCUGUGCGUCUCAGACCCUUCAGGAGUCUGUCAAGAAGUGUAGUUAGCAUAUACGCCUGCUACAUCAAGGCUCGUGUAAUUAUCUCGCGUACUUACCCCUUGAUUUAUCGAAAGACACCUAAGUUAUCAGAGGCAUAAUUUAUCAUGUAGCCCUUAUUACGGGAUGAGCUCGUCAAGUAUAGCAAUGACACUCUGAUACAACCCCCUAGCCUCUAAGCAUCCAUGACUCGACGCCGCCCAUCAUACAACAUGAUUAACUAGGAGGUAGGUAUCAAUCACCCAGCCGAAAUCCCCCCUGCAUAAGAGGUAGGCAUUGAACAAGGACUCGCAACCUACUUCAUCACCCCUUUUCAGCUCCAUCAUGAACACAUUUCUCU